GAGCGCCAUCUGCUGGAGGACACGGAUAUUACAGAUUUCUGCUUCCAGGAGACGUCAUCGGCGGUAUCCAAGCCUCCGUACUGCAUCUGAGGGAGCCGACCAUCGUCAGUAUAUCCGCGCUGCUACUGCGUCAGGCCUCCAUCGUCGCCUUCAAGACUCUAAUACCCUUCUGUAAUCUGACUAACCCGAAGCUAUGGGAAAGGAAAAGCUGCACAUCAAUAUAGUGGUCAUUGGCCAUGUGGAUUCUGGGAAGUCCACCACCACUGGGCACCUCAUUUACAAGUGUGGUGGCAUCGACAAGAGGACCAUUGAAAAGUUUGAGAAGGAGGCCGCUGAGAUGGGUAAAGGUUCUUUUAAGUAUGCAUGGGUUCUGGAUAAGCUGAAGGCUGAGCGGGAGCGAGGCAUCACAAUCGAUAUUUCCCUCUGGAAGUUUGAGACCAGCAAGUACUACGUCACCAUCAUUGAUGCCCCUGGACACAGAGACUUUAUUAAGAACAUGAUCACUGGUACCUCCCAGGCGGACUGUGCCGUGCUGAUCGUGGCAGCAGGAGUGGGGGAGUUUGAAGCCGGCAUUUCGAAGAACGGUCAGACUCGAGAGCAUGCCCUGCUGGCAUACACGCUCGGUGUGAAGCAGCUGAUUGUUGGCGUGAACAAGAUGGACUCCACAGAACCUAAUUACAGCCAGAAGCGCUAUGAGGAGAUUGUGAAGGAAGUCAGCACCUACAUCAAGAAGAUUGGCUACAACCCUGAGACAGUGGCCUUUGUGCCAAUAUCUGGCUGGAACGGAGAUAACAUGCUCGAGGCUAGCCCAAAUAUGACCUGGUUUAAAGGCUGGAAGAUCAACCGCAAGGAAGGGAGCGUCUCAGGAACGACUCUGUUGGAGGCUCUGGAUGCCAUUCAACCUCCAACGCGGCCAACUGACAAACCACUGCGCCUCCCACUCCAGGAUGUUUACAAGAUUGGAGGUAUCGGUACAGUCCCAGUUGGUCGCGUUGAGACUGGCAUCCUGAAACCCGGCAUGGUCGUGACAUUUGCCCCUGUGAAUGUGACCACUGAGGUUAAAUCUGUAGAAAUGCAUCACGAGGCCUUGUCUGAGGCACUGCCUGGUGAUAACGUGGGAUUUAACGUGAAAAACGUCUCCGUUAAGGAUAUCCGUCGUGGGAAUGUCGCGGGAGACAGCAAGAAUGAUCCACCACAGGAAGCUGCUAACUUCACAGCACAGGUCAUCAUCCUGAACCACCCAGGCCAGAUCAGUGCUGGUUAUGCUCCAGUGCUGGACUGCCACACGGCCCACAUCGCCUGCAAGUUUGCUGAGCUGAAGGAAAAGAUUGACCGUCGUUCAGGGAAGAAGCUUGAGGACAAUCCCAAAUCGCUCAAGUCUGGUGACGCUGCCAUUGUGGACAUGGUCCCGGGCAAGCCCAUGUGUGUGGAGAGCUUCUCUGAGUACCCUCCUCUCGGACGCUUUGCUGUACGUGACAUGCGUCAGACGGUGGCAGUGGGUGUCAUUAAAGGAGUGGAGAAGAAGACGCCUACUUCAGGCAAGAUCACCAAGUCUGCCCAGAAGGCCCAGAAGAACAAAUGAAUAUUGUGCAGGGCUGCAACCUCUCGAGUCAGCCACAGCAGAAUCCACGUCAUCCAUCCGCACCUUAGCUUAAUAGUCAAAGCCUGGCAAAUUAUCACAAUGCAUCGCAAGAGUAGACGAAGGAAAAAACCCAACAACCGCUCUAACAAUGAUGAUGUUAAUUAAUAUAUUGUAACACUGUAUUUAUGGUUUCGAGUUUCUAGUCUGAAUUGUCAGUUGAUGUUCUGUGGAUAUUUAUCAGCACCUUACACUAGAGUUUAGAUAAUGGAGAGAGAAAAUCUAUCUAGGAGUGAUUCUAUCUUCUCUGCUUAAUGUGCAAUAGUCUGAGAACCUUUCCCGGUCCUGACCAGCCAUGUAGUUAACAAUGCUAAUGUGAUCUGGCAUGCAAAGAGCAAUCAGCCUUUUCUGCUUAUUGUAGUAAAGGAUUGUUUUUUUUUAAUGAACUAAUUCCUUUUGGUCCAUGUUGAGCUGAUGUGUCGUGACAUAGCUUUAAAAGUGUCUUUUCUGGCUGCAUGCAUGACGCUACCCUAGCUAGCGCACUUUAUUGAGACUCCCUUAGCACUUUGAGAAAGCAUGAGCUAAAUAUUUUGCACUUGCACUCAUGUACUUUAACAUAUGGACAUAGUUUUCUCCAUAAGCUCAUUUAACAUGGAUAAACAAUAAAAAAAACAAAACAAACAAAACAUUAAGCACGCAUUUUUUUGUUGCUGUUGUCGGAUUUUCUGUUUCUGUUUUAGUUUUACUUUUUGCAAAUGAAGCAUACUAAUGUCUGAAUCAGUUGCUGCAUGUAGACAAACAAAAGUGUUUAGCUACACUGCCUGGAAAAGAUAUUAUCAUUAGUUAUAAACACAUGGCACCUUAGCAUAUUAGCUAUUUUCAUUAGAAAUGACUAGCAUAAACUUUGCUAGGAAAUUGAAAUACGCUUUUGAGUAGCAAACGUACAGUACAGAAACAUGACAGAAUUUUGUAUUUAUUUACCUACAGCCUUCUCCUGCUAGCUUGCAAGCUACCGUGCUAACAACUAACAGCUGCAUGAUCGAAACUCCAUUUCAUGACUCAUGAUGACUGAGAGCUCAUAUUUUCAGCCUGCAGUUUAGAGUUAUGCUGAAACACUUAGCUUCCUAGCAGAACAUGUUAACCGAUGAACAACAUUCCACAAAAUAAAUAGCUAGUGAUCUAGCUAUUUGGCUAACAGAUGGCUAACAUGAGCAGACUCCACGUCAGGUUUGUAUUUAUUUACAUGUCCAACUAUAACCUUAAACCUAUAACCCUAUUAUGAAGUGGAUCACCAAAGAGUAGUUUCAUUGCUAUGGAUUUAAAUCUGUGAUCAGUUUUGAAAUAUUUAUCAUUGCGAUCUAUGGCUAACAGCAAUGUUGAUUACAGCUGUUCCCAAAACAGUGUCACAGCUAAUGCUGUACAUAUCCACUUCAGGCAGUCAGAAGCACUUUUAGCAACAUUUCUCCAGCCAUAUACACUAUAUUGCCAGAUGUUUUGGAACACCCAUCCAAAUCAUUGAAUUCUGGCCCCUUAGUUCCAGUGAAAGGAACUCUUAAUGCAUCAGCAUACCAAGACAUUUUGGACAAUUUCAUGCUCCCAACUUUGCGGAAACAGUUUGGGGAUGACCCCUUCCUGUUCCAACAUGACUGUACACCAGUGCACAAUGCAAGGUCCAUAAAGACAUGGAUGAGUGAGUUUGGUGUGGAGGAACUUCACAGAGUCCUGACCUCAACCUGAUAGAACACCUUUGUGAUGAAUUAGAGUGGAGACUGUGAGCCAGACCUUCUCGUCCAACAUCAGUGCCUGACCUCACAAACGCGCUUCGAGAGGAAUGGUCAAAAGUUCCCAUAAACACACUCCUAAACCUUGUGGAAAUCCUUCCCAGAAGAGUUGAAGCUGUUAUAGCUGCAAAGGGCGGGAUGACUCCAUAUUACAUUCAUGUGCAUGUAAAGCAGACGUCU